AUGUCGUCAGAAUUAGCUGCAGAAUUGGGGUUUGACCCCUCUAUGAAAAAGAAGAAGUCUUCGAAGAAGGUGGCACCGGAAAAUCUCGAUGCGGUCAUUUCACAAUCUGAAGCAGAUGUUAACGAUGAUCUAUUCGCUGGAUUGAAGAAAAAGAAGAAGAAGAAGAGUAAAGCAGCUUCUGAGGAACCCACGGACUCCACAGAUGACAUUUCGGAAGCAUUGGGCGAACUAAAAUUGAAGAAAAAGAAGAAAAAGGCAAAGGAGACGGAUUUGGACGAUUUCGAACAGCAACUGGCCAAGGCUGGUGUCAAGGUCGAUGAAACUACUAGUAAAGAGAGCACUCCAGUGAUCGAAUCGACGCUUCAACAGGAAGUCGGUUUGGGGUACCCCGAUUUACUUCACAGAUUUUUCGAGAUCCUGAAAGCUAACAACCCAGAACUAGCUGGUGACAGAUCCGGACCAAAGUUCAGAAUUCCACCUCCUGUGUGUUUGCGUGAUGGUAAGAAGACCAUUUUCUCUAAUAUCCAGGACAUCUCCGAGAAAUUGCAAAGAUCCCCAGAGCAUCUUAUCCAAUAUCUGUUUGCUGAAUUGGGUACCUCUGGUUCUGUGGACGGGCAGAAGAGACUAGUCAUCAAGGGUAAAUUUCAAUCUAAACAAAUGGAAAACGUUUUGAGAAGAUACAUCUUGGAAUAUGUCACCUGUAAGACAUGUAAGAGCAUUAACACAGAGUUGAAGAAGGAACAAUCCAACAGAUUGUUCUUCUUGGUCUGUAAAAGCUGUGGUUCGACAAGAUCCGUGUCCUCCAUCAAGACUGGUUUCCAGGCUACCGUCGGAAAGAGAAGGAGAAUGUAA